AGCAGUAGCGCUGAAGCCGUGUAGAUCUAUCUACGUGUUGGACGAACACCACAAAUCACAAUCUGACAAUCGAUCAUAGCGGCCGUAUCGAUUUGCGUGUACAGCAAACCGGUACGACACUGUUUUUGUUCCGAGUGGUGCCAGGUUAGACUGGAGGAAAUAAUUGUUGUAAAGACUGACUGCACGACUGUGCUAGAAACUGCAGUGCACUGCGAGCUGAUUCCUGCCGUUGUGUGUCUCUAGCUCUGGCGCUCGGAGCUGCAUAUCAAACCAGUUACCUGUGUGCCGUUGGCACAGUGGCGUGCUAUGCACGGUUUCCGGCUGCGGAUGGUGCGCUAACCCUCCCUGCUUCUAGGAUUACAACAUAGGAACGCCAGCGUCAGUUCGCGACGCUCGUUACUUUGCCAUCAACAUGGACUUCCUGUCGCGGUGCGGUAGGAUGUGGAGUCCGCGGACUGGCAACUGUCUACUGUUAGGCCUUCUACUGUGUCAAAUACCUUUCAUCCAGGCAUAUUUACCAUCGCCAUGCGAGUGUGAUCGAACGAAGAGCUGCAACAAUACCUGUAUAAGAUCACCCGGAGAGGAAGUCCCGGACAGCCGUUGCCAGUUCCCAAUUAUGAAAUGUAAAUUUGGUCCAAACAGCGAGUGUUUGGACCAACACAGUCGCGAGCGUCUCCCUGACAACUGCACCUGGCCAGGUCAUGUCCAAGCUGGCCGAAAGGGCUUCUUCAGCGUUAACGGAGCGCUGCGUUCUCUGUCAGUGUCAUGGCAACCACCACCAAGACGGGAGCUUGUGUCUGCCUACGCAGUCGUGUUCUCUAUCUCGCUUGGCCCUCGCGGCGAGCAAGGCACCUUGGCGUGUGCUUGCAUGUCAGUUCCACCGUGUGUAUACAAUACUCGUUUGUACUACACGAGUGGUUCCAUGGCUAUGAACACACCAUACCCGAACUACGUGUAUGGCACAUGCCUGCAGAACCUGAUGCAUGUCACACAGCCAUCUAGGGUCGGUGCUAAGAUCAUGACGUUCCCAUACCAUGGUGACUUUCCAACAGCUAUUAAGGCGUCCCCAGAGAUUAUAAUAACAGUUCCAUCUUGCGCUGAACUAGCCAAGCAAAGCCCCGAGAAGCUGACUCUGCUCUGCAAAAUGAAACUGAAGUACUCCAGCCCUAGGGCAGCCAAUGGUCAACUUAAUGGCCGCAUGGUGUCCCGGAGCACCUACACCGUCAGCUGGGUUACAGACUCUCCGUUGCCUGUCAGCAAUGCGUAUCUAUCAGCCAAGACCGUGGAGACCGCAUCCGAACAAGCGUCGAUCGAUGAUUACAGUGGCACUAGCUACAGGGAGCUAACCGGAGUAUUCAUCAACUCAACGGAUUUACAAGAUGGUAAUUCUACCAGUGCCUCAUUGACACUGCCGGAAUCCGCGGUGCAAUCUCUGUCGCCUGGUGCAAAGAUCUGCAUACAGCUAAGCUUCAUCCUGGAUACAGAAGCAGCUCGACGCGAAUUGAUGAGUGAUCCAGAGUUUGUUGCAGCCAUGGAGGACGAGUACAACUACGCCGCGGGCACUAUGCCCAAGAGCACACUGAGAACAUACACCAAGAAUAUUGUUGAUGGGAUAGACGAAGAUCGUGUCUCUUCAGUCCGCCAGUUUCAAACAACAGUUGAUGGUGGCUGGACAAGCUGGAAACAGAACAGUAGCUGUCCGCUAUGCGCACAGAAUCCGAGGAUACAAGAAAUACGCACGUGCACGAAUCCCAGUCCUAGACUCUACGGGAGAAACUGUACGGGAGAGACUGCACAGAGCGUCGUGUGCAAGCCUGUGCAAGCAUGCCAAUCUACUCCAAAGUUGACCAACAAUGUGGGGGGACCCGAAGGGCCAACAGAAAAGAAGCCAUGGUACCAGCACCCUAUCUUCUACUCCUUCAUGGCGGCUGUUCCGACAACUAUUCUGCUUGCUGCCCUUCUAUUUCUACUACGCAAACCGCUAAUGCGUGCACGCAAGCUGCGGAUACGUCCCGUGGAUGGAACCAGAGAUAUUGAGCGCCUCACUGCCAGUGCAUUUGCACCGCCUACAUAUCUCGGUUCAAACGACGAGAAGUCAGAUUUUAUUCCACCUCUACUUGACAAUGGACGCCCCGGAUCGCCUACGUCAACAGACACUCGUGGCAGUGAAGACGAUCCUCUUCUCCUAGAUCAAGAGGAGGUUCGUCCCCGAUCAUCUCCGCUACCGAAGUCAGUGUACAUUAGCUAUUCGCGGGCCAAUGAUAUCCAUGUUGAGAAUGUGUGCAGUUUUGUUGACUGGCUGAUCUACUACGGCGUGACGGUUCACUAUGACAAACACGACAGCGUUGAGUAUAACCAGGACUUUGGCAACUGGAUUGAGAACCGCAUGACGGGCGCUGACUGGAUCAUCGUGGUGAUGUCCAGCCAUUACUUCAACGAGUGGCAUCGCAGUGACUCGGCAGCAGCAGCAGCAGACCGUGCGAGCAAUGAGGAGGACUGCACACCUGAAGUUGCCCUUGAGACACGGCUGAUCAAGACCCUACUCACCAGGCAGGACAACCACGUCAUACCGGUCUUCCUGGGCACAGCGUUUGACAGCAGUGCAAAGCCAAAGCUACUUGGCAGCAACAAGACAUUUAGGAUAACCGAACACGACGUAUCACAAGCCACGGCAUUGCUCGAUCACAUUGACGGAAAGGAAGAAUGCCCUAGACCAACGUUCACUCAGGAUUGAACACAGCUGCGCAUGCCACCGCUAGUACAUGUAUUUCCAAGUGUGGAGCCAAAGAAGCUACAACUUGAACAAGUCUUCUGCAUUUUAGCACACCUGGUGAGACGUUGAGUAAUUCACAAUGUUAGUUGCGCGUGCUGGAUGAUGUGUGCAGGCACAACUUCACACAGUCGUUGGCAACUUGCCACCUCCUUGUCAUCUCACACUAUAGUGCCCUUGUAGUGUCGCACUGACACACAGUUCUUACAUGUUCACUCAAUAGUGUGCUGCGGCUUUCAGCAGGUCAGACUGAGACAUGUACAUGAGUAAUGCACUGCACAGCACUGUUCUAAGCGGUUAGUAGUAAAGUUACUACUCCCUGGUUCUAAGCAUGUCUUGAGAUACGCAACUUGAGAGGCACGCCGCCAUGAAACCAGGAAGGUAGCUGCUCGAAUGUAGAAGGAAUUUCUUCCCACGACCUACCACACGGCAUUGACUGCAUGGGUACAUUUCACAUGGAGCACAUUCACACUCAGUCCUGUUAUGAGUUGGUGCAGGAGAUUCAGGUUUGUGUUCUACAUACGCCUGUGCAUAUUUCCAAUAAUUUAAUUUCACGUAGGUCAAGAGUUGUUCUCUUCAUUUUAAUUAUUGUUCAUACGCUACUUGUCCCGUUGGCUUUGCUUUGCUGAAUUUGUUGAGACUACAGUGCCGGGAAUUGAACUGGUGCAACAGA